UGCUACUGCCGUCUGAUACCAUUCUUUGUGAAAGAGUACCGUGAAUCAUUUGGCACCAUCAUCGGCCGGUUCGAUGAUUCGGAGGAGUCUCACUUGGCCCAAGUUGUUCCAGAAACGCGAAAUGCCAUCAAAAGCAUGCUACACAAGGCGCCUGAUGAGGAAGAAGAAGCCGAGACGCAAUGCGAAAUUUGAAAAAGAUCAUUCAAAAGUUCAAGCGGCUGAAAGACGAGAAUCGGUUCCUCGACGAAGUGAUCGAAGAGAUUAAUGGAGCAGAAUCAUCAAAUUCGUUCCAUCAAAAAGGAUUUAUCUGCAAAUCUUGGGAAACAAUGCUCGAUGACCUCUGCCUUUUUAUGGAAGCAGGCUGCAGUAAGCGGGAUCUCAUCUCAAACUCUAUGGGCCAAUCUUGGAGAUCUGUUUCGCGGCAGUGGCUGCGGAAUAACUUUGCUAUCAAUCGUGAAUAUAUCGUAUUCCCGCUAUUUUUCCUCAUUAAUUAAAUUAAUUAAUUUAAUUAUACGAAUUACGCACAUUUAGCUAUGUUUUACGCAGUCUCGAAACAGGUGCUAUUUUUUUUUAUCA